GUUCGGACCAGCCGUAAACAAAGUGACGUGGCUAAUCCAGAAACGGAACAAAAAUCUGCUGAAAUGUUCAUCUUUUACGGCUCAUGUUAUUGAUUAUCGUCCAAAAUCAAACACCGGGUUGUCAGUUCAAAGGUUAUAGUUUAAACAUUCGCUCAUAAAUCGCUUUUUUGUGGCGUUUCUGUGGAGAUUUAGCGCCUUUAAGCUACACGCAGUUUGGUUAUGUCCAGAGGCUAAGCCAUGUCGGUCAGCGAGAGCACUGAGGCAGAGACGUUUUUCGAGGCGGUGGAAGAUCAGGAAGCUUUAGAGGAGGAGUCCCCGUCCGCCUCGCCUCCGCACACCCCCGACGGCAACGGCUCCAACGACAUCGCCACAGACGUAGCGCCGACGCGGAAAGCCAGGAGGAGACCGGAGCUGAAAGCCCCCACGCCACCCCCUGAGAAAACAGAGACACCGCCCAAAGAGGAACCGCAGCAACCAGCAAAGAGUCCGAGUGAAUCGACGGUUGCUCAGGGCGGAUGGGGUUACUGGGGCAGCUGGGGCAAGUCCAUCCUCUCCACCGCAACUGCGACCGUGGCAUCAGCAGGUCAAGGCCUCACUCACAUGAUCGAGAAGGCCGAGACAUCGCUGGGAAUUCCCAGUCCAACCGAACUCUCAGCGAAAGUCGAGGAGGAGCAGAAACAACAGGGUGAAUCCGGCGCUGAACCUGGCGGAGUCUCCGGAGAAGCCUCGUCCCCGGUGUCAGGAGCCAUGGGAAUGCUGUCGUCUCUCAGCAGCGUCGUCCAGACAACCGGUAAGACGGUGAUCACAGGAGGUUUGGACGCUCUGGAGUUCAUCGGUAAAAAGACGAUGGAUGUGAUCGCUGAAGGGGACCCAGGAUUCAAGAAGACCAAAGGACUGAUGCACAGGAACGCCACCCUCUCCCAGGUUUUGCGUGAGGCGAAGGAGCGCGAGCAGCUCCAGACGGCGGACGCAGAGUCAGACGCAGACCGGAAACCAGUCGCUCAUUAUGGGAUGCUCUUUGACGAGUACCAGGGUCUGUCCCACCUGGAGGCGCUAGAGAUCCUGUCCAGAGAGAGCGAAUCCAAGGUGAAGUCCGUGCUGACGACUCUGUGCGGAGACGAGCUGAUGGACCUGAGGACAGAGCUGGACCAAAUCAAAGAGGCGUUUUCUCUGGUGGAGUUUGACGAUGACGACGACGAGGAGAAAAACGAUGAAGACGGCGCCGAGUUUGAGAAAGAGUUGAGCGACGCUUUGGAAGGACUCAGCGUUUCUGCCACAGCGGACAAGCUCGCCAAGGCCUGUAGGAGCACCUGUUCUCAAAUCACCGCCAUUAAUACACCAGAAACAGAAGAAGAAGAAGAGGGUGAAGGGUCAAAGGUCACGCCUGUUGAGGAGGUCCACGCCGCUGCCAUCCGGAGUCUGGCUGAACUCACGGCUCGAUCCAUCGAACUUUUCCACAAACUCGCCGAAAUGAUUCUGUUUGCAAACGGAAACACAACGCCCCAAGUCCUUUCACAGCUGACCAUCAUUUUGUGUAAAGAAAUCUCUCUCCUCUCAAAGAAGUUCACCUCAUGUCUCACAGCGACCGGGAUCAACACAAAAGGAGACACACUCAACCCUCUGAUAACAGCAGUUUUCCUCGAGGCUUCUAACAGUGCGUCAUACAUCCAAGACGCCUUCCAGCUCCUCAUGCCCAUUUUGGAGAUUUCCCACAUCGAGAGAAGAGCUGGCAAAUAAUCCCAUCGUCUCCGGCAUGUUUUUAAUGGAAAAAUCCACUAUUCUCAGGAAAAACUUCUGAGUUAGUCGUGUUAUUAAGUUUACCUUUGUACGCAAAAGAAACGGAGGGAGAAUGCUUUGUAAGUGCAGCCGAAGGGAACAAAUCUACGGGAGCUGAGUAUUUAAAGGGCAUCAAGUUAUCGUUUAUUAUUAUUAUUCAGAAGCAAAAUAUUCACACUACAAUUUAGAGAUUACGAUUGAAAGGUAAAUAUGAACUCCUGGUGAUAAUGGAUAAAUAGUAGCUCUAAAAAUGUGGUCUAUUUUAAGUCAUUUACAUGUUUUUUUUUGUAUUUUUUGGUUCGUUUGUUUUGUUUUUCGCCUUUUUUCGCAAAGUUAGCCCGUUCUCUCAUGCCUUUUGAGUCUCAGCCCUCACAUCGUACUUACUAUGUGCCGUUUUUUGCCGACGUUUCAAAAGGAUAUUUUCUGGAGAAGACAUUUUUGACAGGUUCGGUUGCCACAGUGCUGCCUCUAGAGGGCGCUCAGACACAAAGUAAUAACUGGACUAUUUUGCUUUUUGCAUAGGAAUUGAGAAUAUUAAAAUUACGCAACAUUUAUAUUUUACUAGUUCCAGUAAAAAUGUAACACAGACAUUUCAGUGUUUUGACAGGACCAAAGAUAAUUUAUGAAAACGGACAGUUAAUAACUUGUAAAUUGAGGUGAUUCUGGUUAUAUUUGUGCUUAAAUCUUUUGUUAAACGUGCUGCAUUCAUAUAUCGAUGUAAAAAAUGACAACAUGACUUUGAAUUUGAGCGUGACAACCAACCAAAUUGUGUUUUCCUCUGGAAGAACAGAUGGUGUGAGUCAUAGUGGCGUCCUGUUGUAAAAGUGUCUUAACAAAAUAAAUUAUAUUGUUAUGUACAUCUUUUA